AUGGCGCCCUCAGUCGCAGACGUAUUACCAAGCGUAUCCGAGCUAAAGGGGAGGGCAGAGCAGAAGCUUAACAAGGCUUACGAUGCAGCACAACACGCUUCAUACAAGUACACUAGCUACUUGCCUGUGUACGAUGAAUCAACAACGUUCCCUCCAACGGAGCCCUUCGAGUUCGUCGACCGGGGUCUCCUAGCGGACAAAGCCAAACCUCAUCUACUCGGGCUCAAAGACCCAAAUGUUGUCGUUACCAAGCUUACUCCUCGUGUCGGCACUGAGAUCACUGGCUUGCAGCUGUCCGAGUUAACAGAUGAGCAGAAGAAUGAAUUGGCUUUGCUAAUUGCCGAAAGGGGUGUCGUAGUGUUCCGCGGCCAGAACUUCAAGGACAUUGGCGUCCAGAAACAGAAGGAGUUUGGCCAGUACUUUGGUCGUCUACAUGUUCACCCCGUCGGAGCUCACGUCGAUGGGGCCAUUGAGUUCCACAAUAUCUACCUUGGACCAGACAACCUGUACAGAGCCCAACGCCGCUUGGAGCGCUUAACUACCACCGGGUAUCACUCGGACGUCUCAUAUGAACACCAACCUCCUGGAAUCACGCUUCUUACGCUGCUGGCGGUGCCCUCUACCGGUGGUGAUACUGCAUGGACAUCUCAGGUCGUAGCGUACGAGAGGCUUUCCGAGCCGAUCAAGGCAUUGCUAGAGGGCCUACGGGCUGAACACAGCGGAUUUCCACAAGCCGAUGGUGCACGUCGCGACGGCAAAUUCGUCCGUCGCGAACCUGUUAAGUCGGACCACCCGAUUGUAAGGGUACAUCCAGUCACUGGCCAGAAAGCACUCUUUAUAAACCCGGGGUUUACGAAGAAGAUCAUAGGCCUGAAAACCGAGGAGUCUGACGCGAUUCUCCAGUUCCUCUUCAAGCAUAUCUCCCAGAGUGCGGAUAUCCAAGUCCGCGUGAAGUGGGACGACCAGACUGUGUCGCUCUGGGAUAAUAGAGUUACAGCUCACACUGCUAUCUCCGACUACGAUGUACAUAACGAGGAAGAAGGCUUGCGUCACGGAUUCCGCAUCACUACCCUUGCCGAACGUCCGGUAGGAGUUAACGGGUUAGAGACGGUUUGGUAG